CCGCCCCUGCGCAGGCGCAGCCGUCCCGCCCGAGGACACGUGCGGAAGCAGCAAUGGCGGACCCUCAGCUGCAGCUGGUGGCACGGCGCAUCCGCAGCUUCCCCGACUUCCCCAUCCCGGGCGUGCUGUUUAGGGACAUCAGUCCCCUCCUGAAGGACCCGGACUCCUUCCGCGCUUCCAUCAGCCUCCUGACCAAACACCUGAAGAAGACCCACGGAGGCAAGAUCGACUACAUUGUAGGCCUGGACUCCCGGGGCUUUCUGUUCGGCCCCUCCCUGGCCCAGGAACUUGGCUUGGGCUGCGUGCUCAUCCGAAAGCGAGGAAAGCUGCCUGGCCCCACAGUGUCCGCCUCCUACACACUGGAAUAUGGGAAGGCUGACCUGGAAAUCCAGAAAGACGCCCUGGAACCAGGGCAGAAGGUGGUAGUCGUGGAUGAUCUGCUGGCCACUGGCGGAACCAUGUGUGCAGCCUGUGAGCUGCUGGGCCAGCUGCAGGCUGAGGUGUUGGAGUGCGUGAGCUUGGUGGAGCUGACAUCACUGAAGGGCAGGGAGAAGCUAGGGGCUGUGCCCUUUUUCUCCCUCCUGCAGUAUGAGUGACUCAAUACCCCUGCUCACACCAACUAGGAAAAGAAGAGAUCCGGCCUCCACUGCCUGCCAGCAGGCACUCACAGCCCACCUGGACUUCAUCUAGCACCCAGGAACCUUCCUGUGGGUUCUGGAAGUGCAAAGGCCUGGAGCCCAUAGCCCAGGGCAAAGCCAAGCCCAGGGCAAAGCCAAGCCCAGGCCGCUCAGCUUCAUUUAUGGUGAAAUAAGAACAUGUAUGACCAACUUUA